AUGGUGUCCUUCUGGCCCUUCAAAGGCGACGACAACAGCGCCGAGAGCUUCGAGAAGAUCCUGAGCCAGCUCUCCACCAAAAUCGCAAAAACCUCCGCCCAAAAUGACCGCUUUCGCCAGCAACAGCGACGAUGGAAGGCGCUCUGGACACUCUACACGACGUUCGCGUAUAUUGUCCUAGCUGCGAUCUUGACGCUGGUCACGGGGUGGGACAGAUGGAGCUAUCCCGAGUACACCGCAGUAGCCGGAGCGCCCGUCGUGAUAUACGGUGUACGAGUCGCGCUCGAUGCAUACUUCAACUUCCGGAUAGCAAAUACGGAGAAUCACCUCGGUGACCUGAACAAGCAGAGAGAAGCGGCGAUUGAGAGAUUGAAGAAGGCCACCAAGUACAACAGUACCCAACAGCUGUUGGAGAAGUAUGGAGGCUCACCACCUCGGAAGACGCAGCCGUCACCUCAAUUGAAGACUAAGAGGAGGUCGGAUAUAGGCCCAGGGAGCAAGCCAAAUACACCUCAGACGGGCAGGACAGGUUUCGCUCCACCGCCUACUGCGAACAUUCCCGGCCGACAGCCUCCACCUGGCCCUGCGCCCAACACACCUCAAGGCACACCAGGCUCCGUCCCGCGAGCACCAUCCAAUCUGGCACCAUCAGUAUCUCCUCCAGGCAUGCAACCCGCUCCAAGCGAAGAAUUCGCCCCAAAUGCCUUCUCCGAUCCCAUCCCACCCUCUCCCCCAAUCAUGCGACAAACCUCCCAAUACGCAACGGAAGGACCAAAGUGGUACGACCGCAUCCUCGACGUCGUCCUCGGCGAAGACGAGACCAGCGCGAAGAAUCGCAUCGCGCUCGUUUGUCAGAACUGCAGGCUGGUAAAUGGACAAGCGCCGCCGGGAGCGCGGACGUUGGAAGAUGUAGGCAAGUGGAGGUGUAGUCAAUGCCAUGCUCUGAACGGAGUGGAGAGUGAGGAAAAGACGAUAUUGCAGCACAUAUCUCAAGGCGCAGGUCACGUGCCAGAGAGUCCCACGUCGCCGUCGGACGCCGUAACAGACCCUGGUCCUGCAACCAGACCUCGGUCGGAGGAAGACGGAGAGCUUGAGGCUGAAGACGACGAGGGGGAAAGUGAGGAGAUCGAAACCGCAGCCCCAGCAGCUUCACCACGCAGCAAAGCGCGGCAACGAAAGAAGGCCUGA